AAAAGCAGAAGCAGGACGCAGAAGUACUUCUUUCGUAUCCUCAAGUAUUCACCACUCACUCAGAUUCUCCAAUUUCCAUCACAAAAGCGCUUUUGAACUGAAACUCUCAAAGCCCCCCUGCUCCUUCUCUCUGCUCACAAUUAAAGCCAAUCUUUUUUUAGAAUUUCAGUUUCCAAAUUUAACCAAUUUGGUUUUGUUUUUUUUUAUAUCCCUCUAAAAUUGGUGGGUUCUAUUUCUUUUGAAGAAAAGAAAUAUUCCAAGUAUUUUUUAUUUUUUCCUUUCAAUCUACACGUAGAGAAAGUUGAAGAAGUAAUCGAUGGGUCUCCUUCUCUCAAAAAGUAUUGUGAAUUACAUUUGCAAUUCUUCUAAUUCUCCCGUUUUCUCCAAGAAAAAUGGUGGAGAAUUCAUCCCCAUGCAAAUUGAGAACAUGGUUUCUUUAGUUUCCCGGACCGGAAGACAAUUCCAGCGCUAUGAAAAAGGUUGCCGCCAAGUUGUAGGAUGCAUUCCAUACAGAUACCGGAAAACCGAAAGAUCUUCAUCUGAUGAGGAAUUGGAAGUUCUUGUGAUUAGUUCACAGAAGGGGAAAGGAAUGUUGUUCCCAAAGGGAGGUUGGGAAAUGGAUGAGUCGAUUGAAGAGGCGGCGAAAAGAGAGACGCUAGAGGAAGCCGGCGUGACUGGCCAUCUUGAAACUAGAUUGGGAAUGUGGCGUUACAAGAGCAAAAGCCAGGGCACAUUUCAUGAGGGGUACAUGUUCCCUUUGCUUGUCCAGCAGCAGUUGGACCUUUGGCCCGAGAAGAGUUCCCGCAAGCGUGAAUGGAUGACAGUCGCUGAAGCUAGAGAAGCAUGUCAAAAUUGGUGGAUGAAGGAAGCUCUGGAGAAAUUAGUCUGUCGACAAAUGCAGCCCCAACCAAAAGGGGAGGAAGAAGACACAACUUGUACAUAGACACACAGUCUUAGCUUUGUUGUUUUUUCUUUUCAAAUUUUGGCGGACCACAGCGGUGUACGUAGGGAGGAAGAAGUAGUUUUCCGAAAUAAAGAGCUCGCAUUAGGAAAGAGGACGUCGGAUGCCUUCGCUGAAUUGCGGUUGUGGGCAUCUCUACAUAUUGUGUUCCUCCGACUGUUUCUUCUCAACUUAAGUAGUCAAAACGGGGACUGAUUGCAAAACUGUACAAUGUAGUUGAAGAAGAACAUGUAGAAACAGAACAUCGUGUAGAUUUACAAAUUCCAUUCUUUCAAUUCAAUUGAUCUUAAUUCUUUUCAA